UGCCAGCUGCCGAUCUCGCUGUUGACAGUAAAAGCAGAUAUGUUCCUCGCUUACUGCCAUUAGCACUGACCAUGACCCUUCACACCAAAACCUCUGGAGUUACCCUGCUGCACCAGAUUCAAGGCACUGAACUGGAGACACUCAGCAGACCUCAGCUGAAGAUUCCCCUGGAAAGAUCGCUCAGCGACAUGUACGUGGAGAGCAACAAGACAGGAGUUUUUAACUACCCGGAAGGGGCCACUUACGAUUUUGGUACUACGGCUCCAGUGUACAGCUCUACUACUCUCAGUUAUGCCCCUACUUCUGAAUCUUUUGGGUCCAGCAGUCUGGCGGGAUUUCACUCACUGAACAAUGUCCCACCAAGCCCGGUGGUGUUCUUGCAAACGGCGCCCCAGCUCUCACCCUUCAUCCAUCAUCACGGCCAACAGGUACCCUACUACCUUGAAAAUGAACAAGGCAGCUUUGGGAUGAGGGAAGCUGCUCCUCCAGCCUUCUACAGGCCAAGCUCUGAUAAUAGGCGCCACAGCAUCCGUGAGAGGAUGUCCAGUACCAAUGAGAAAGGGAGUCUGUCCAUGGAGUCCACCAAGGAGACCCGGUACUGUGCUGUCUGCAACGACUACGCCUCAGGCUACCAUUAUGGGGUCUGGUCUUGUGAGGGCUGCAAAGCUUUCUUCAAAAGGAGUAUUCAAGGGCACAAUGACUACAUGUGUCCUGCUACCAACCAGUGCACCAUUGACAAGAACAGAAGAAAGAGUUGCCAGGCUUGCCGACUAAGAAAAUGCUAUGAAGUGGGAAUGAUGAAAGGUGGAAUCCGGAAAGACCGCAGAGGUGGGCGAAUGAUGAAACAAAAACGUCAAAGAGAGGAGCAGGAUUCCAGGAACGGGGAGGCUUCUUCUACGGAGCUGCGAGCUCCCACCCUUUGGACAAGUCCAGUGGUGGUUAAACAUAACAAGAAGAACAGUCCCGCCCUAUCCCUGACGGCAGAACAGAUGGUCAGUGCCUUGCUGGAAGCUGAGCCACCGAUAGUUUAUUCUGAAUAUGACCCAAAUAGACCAUUCAACGAAGCCUCUAUGAUGACCCUGUUGACCAACCUUGCAGACAGAGAAUUAGUGCAUAUGAUCAACUGGGCAAAGAGAGUUCCAGGAUUUGUGGACUUAACACUCCAUGAUCAGGUCCAUCUACUGGAAUGUGCCUGGUUAGAGAUACUGAUGAUUGGCUUAGUCUGGCGCUCCAUGGAACACCCAGGAAAGCUUUUAUUUGCACCUAACCUAUUACUGGACAGGAACCAAGGAAAAUGCGUAGAGGGGAUGGUGGAAAUCUUUGACAUGCUGCUGGCUACUGCUGCUCGGUUUCGCAUGAUGAACCUUCAAGGGGAGGAAUUUGUGUGCCUUAAGUCCAUCAUCCUGCUCAACUCUGGUGUGUACACUUUUCUUUCCAGCACCUUGAAAUCUCUGGAAGAGAGAGAUUAUAUUCACCGCGUUCUGGACAAAAUCACAGACACUCUGAUACACUUGAUGGCGAAGUCGGGUCUUUCUCUGCAGCAGCAGCACAGACGGCUGGCUCAGCUCCUCCUCAUCCUCUCUCACAUCCGACACAUGAGCAACAAAGGAAUGGAGCACCUGUACAAUAUGAAGUGUAAAAACGUAGUCCCACUCUACGAUCUCCUGCUGGAGAUGCUGGACGCUCACCGGCUGCACGCCCCGGCAGCCAGGAGUGCUGCACCCAUGGAAGAGGAAAACCGGAGCCAGCUGACGACUGCAUCUGCUUCAUCUCAUUCCUUGCAGUCUUUUUAUAUCAACAGUAAAGAAGAGGAGAAUAUGCAGAAUACAAUAUAAACAGAAGUCAGCCUAUUUGAUGGUAUGAGAAACCCAGCAGCGUACUACCUAGCUCAUGCUUCAUUUUGUCUAUAGUGCCGCCUCUGGAAACACUCCAAUGACAACAGUCAUUUGCAUUUUCCAUUUGAGUGUUUGUCAAGCACUUGCCUAAAUUGAUUGCUUAUCCUAAACGGAAGACACGUCAUUGCUAUGGACAGCCAGCAAGGAUUGUCAGGCGAGUUUGAUUUGGAAUUUGCAGUGUUUUUAUUUAAUUUUGCAUUUAAGUUGGGUAAAUCCUAACCUAAACUGAACAUUCAUUUUACUAUAAAUUAAUAACCAUGCCACCAUAUUGGUAUCUUUGUUGAUAACUGCCUCAAAUUCUGAGCUUGCCUAAUGUUUUACUUGCUUGAAACUUUGCAGCAGUUUGGUAGAGAGUCUGGAUUACUUUUUUGGGUGGGUAAAUGGAAAGUUGAUUGGCAUCUUAGUGAGCCAUAGUGAAACUGCAGUGCUAGUGGCUGCCUUGGUAGUUUAGGUAGAUUCCCACCUCUUAUUAGAAAAGAAUCCUUGUCUGAGAAUAAUACUAUUUUACCUUGCUGGCUUACAUCAGCAGACAACUCCCUCUGAAGAUCAUACUGACCAAACUUUCAGGACCCCUUACCAUGUCCUCUAGCUGAAUUGCAUCCUAUCUUGUCUGUUCCUGCAAAGCUAAAUUAUUCUGUUGCUUGGCAGUGUGUAUUCAAGGACAACAUGGCAAAUAGAGAUAAUGCAGACAAUUACUCUUAAAUGAGGCCAGAUGAUUAUAAAAAUCAUCAGGUCUUAAAAGAAACCUCAAAAAAGUCUUCAAACACAUAUAUGAUCCAGCGCUAGUUUAUGAAAAUCCUCCUCUUGUCCUUUGCUUUGUUGUGCUAUAAACCAAGGGGUGAGGAUGCCAGUGCAAGACUGGCCCAGCAGAGUGGGAUGGUCCCAUCCUUUUCCACAGAGUGUGUGGCCUCAUCAUGUGUGGGCAGGCUGGCAUCCCAGCCAGAGCAGUAGGCUGUGCAUUGCCUCAGCUUUCUUUGGCUCUUGUUGGGGCACGUUCAGAAGUCACUGUUACGAGCCACCUCACCCGUGACACCAGAACUGGGCAGUGAGCCUCAGACAUGGUGAAGACGCUGGGACUGCAUGUCCAGGAAGAUCAAUCUGUCUUUCUCCAUGUAUGUGUGUAACUGUUUUUCGUAAGGAUUAGUCAGAAUCUUCAGACCAACUGUAAAUAAACCAAAGGUCCACUGACAUCAAGAGUUUCAGCAAGACAUGAAGGAGAGAGACUGCAGAAAUCCCUACUAUAUGUGCUAUUCAAAGUAGGAGUUGGUGCUGCUGUUGACUGUCUCUAUGCUAGAAAAUUAAAUGUGUCAGGGAACGUUGCUGGGUACUGGAAUGCAAUUAUUACAUAUGCCAGGGAUAUUUUAUUAGUCUAAUGAUGAACUUUGCCUGUGCUACCUGCACUUCUGUUUUACAGGUGCAGUUUGGGAGUUAGCACGGACCAGGGAGUAUUCCAAUAGCUGGUUGGAAGCGACCACCCUGCCAGUAAGGACGUUUCAUAGCACAUGUGUAGGCUGCUCCACAGCAGCUGGCCACAGUGCUACAGAGGGGUUCAGGGAUGCUUCUUUUACUGCUAUAGCUGAAACCUUUAUGUUAGAGUAUGCUGAUUGGAAUAUCCUGUAGCAACUAAAUAUAGGAAAUAUAGUGCAACUAAUGCCAUACAGGAGUGCCUAUGUCUAAUUACGCUCCCUGUCACACAAGCAGAGUCUGUGUGCAGUGAGAUUGAGUUACGUAGCAAUCGUGAAGGCAGCAAGGAAUAGGACGAGUUUGUGCUCCAAGUCAAGGAUUCUUUAGUUAAUGUACAUAAUGAUGUCUAUAACAGUUUCAUGUACAUAUCCAAGGAUACGUGCAGUUUAGAAGCUAGAUGCUACCUACUUCUGAGAAGAUUCCUCGAAAAUUCUGCAAGCCUGAACAUGUGAAGCAGUCACUGUAAGUUAAUAGGCCUUUUAUUGAUGCAUAUUAUAGUGUCGUUUUUUUUUCUGAAUGUGUUGGGGGAUUUGUCUUUUUGUGUUUUCAGUAAGAGUAUGCAUGUGUGUGUGCAAAUUUAGUACCGAAGGGCUUUUGGAGGGCUCCUAAAUGCCUUGAAAGAAAAUGCACGUUUUGUUUCCCUUAGUAGCUGGUUUUCAAAUGUGUUAGAAAAAUCGUGAAUGCUCUGGAGUGAGUGCAUGCUAAGAUCUGAAUGGAGCACAGGAAUCCCUGUAGUUACAUUUAUGUGCUUAUACCAUCAUCAUUCACUUGUAGCCCAGUGUGUGUUAGAGCUGCUCUUUAAAUACUGUACGUGCAACUUGCUGUUCUCUACGACAGAACACACAGAUCAAGCUCAUAAGCUGCAAGGCAAAUUGUUUUAAAUUAAUGCCUUCCUUCCUACAUCCCAGAACAGUUCAUUACAUCGAUUCAAGUGUAAAUUUGGCCUAGAAGGAAAAAAGUAGUUCAUGGAGAGCAAUUCACAACAGAGGGUCAGCUUCUGAUGGUACUUACAUAGGUCAAGUACCACUACAUUCUACAGAUUUUCCUGGUGAAGCUGAGUAAGUGUGAUUUGAAGUGGUUUGCAGCAGACAGAAGGGUAUGGUAAUGUGUCUUGCAACAUAAGGAAUAAUCAGUCAGCUCACAGUCUUAAUUAUAAAUGCUUUCCUAGGCUCAGCCCUUGCAAAGAAGUAAUCUAGAUUCAACCAGUACUCCCAUGUUUGUCGUGACAACAGUGGAGGGCACCCAAGAAAGAAAAGCAGUGGUUCCCAAUAAUACAGUCAUUUACCUUGGGUCAGUUUUAGAAUCUGUGUCAUUAACUUGUUCAUGAGAUUUUAACUGAAGCAGCACCUUAAUGAAUAUAGUUACUUUCCCAUAGUUAUCUAUAAAGAUGAUUGUCCACAUAUCAGACAGCUGAAUGUAGCUAUUCAAUUGAUUAAACAAAGUCUAUGAUACAAAAAUGGCAACUUUUUCAUAUGAUGUAAUUUUGAAUUAUGCUCUCGUGUAUGCAAACAAUUGUGCCUGACAUUUGGUAAUUUUUAUUUCACAGAAUGCUAUUUUAUGUGUGUGUAUAUAUAUAUACAUAUAUACUUUAUAUUUGCAGCUGACAAACCAGUACUACCUGAAUACCUGGUGCUGGAUAUUAAAAAAAAAUAUAUAGCAUGUAAAAAAAAAUAAUGAAAGAAAACUAUUCAUGGCAGCUAAUUAUGCUUUUACCAAAACCUUCAUAGUGAUGUCUCUGGACAGCUAAUGAAAGAAUUAUUUUAUAAUGUUUAUAUGUGGAUUUUUAA